AUAUACAUACACAGUUCUACAUGCACAGUAAAGCAAUAUGCAAUCCAGCACGAAAACCAAUUAGAAAGCAAAAGCAAACAGACAGCAUAUUGAAAGAGAAAUAUUAGAAAAACUACAUAUAUAUAUAGAUAUAUAUAUAAAUCCAAUACACAUACCAAAUGAAUGGAACAGCGAAUGAAAUAGCUAAAGAUACUACAUACUCAAUUUGGAAGCACAAAUCUAGUGCAACAAAAGCUAAAAGUGUCAGUUGCAGCAGCAGAAGAUAGCAACCAAACGACGUGGGACAGCAGCAGGCAAACACAAUAAGAGCAACGCUUGUGCAGAAAUACAACCGAAGCCGAAGCCAAAGCCAAAAGGAAUUAGUUACUAUCGAAAUUGUUUACAUUGGACUAACCACAAAACUAAACUUAAACAAUCUAAAGCAACUAUUAAAUUUUUAACCGCAAAAACCACUGAAACCGUCACCACCAUAACCAGCACCAGCCACCAGCAGCAGCAGAAGCGAUACCAGGCGCUCUCAGCAGUGAAAUCACUAAAGGAUACAACUCGACGCAAUUGAAUUUGGUGUGUAGUUUGUUUAGACUUCGGCGAGGCGUACUCAGCCCACACGUACAGAACAACGCACGCACGCACGCACAGUCAGGCAUCAAAGCUCAGAGGGAAAUGAGAUGAAGUGGUUUCAAGUGGCGAUAGAUAUGAUUCUUGUGCUUUCAUUUAUAACAAGCAGCACAUCGAAUCCCGAUGCUAAGCGCCUUUACGACGAUCUUCUCAGCAACUAUAACAAAUUGGUUCGUCCCGUUGUCAAUGUGACAGACGCUCUGACAGUACGCAUCAAGCUGAAACUAUCGCAAUUGAUUGAUGUCAAUUUAAAGAAUCAAAUCAUGACAACCAAUUUGUGGGUGGAGCAAACCUGGUAUGAUUACAAACUCAAGUGGGAACCUAAAGAAUAUGGUGGCGUCGAAAUGUUACAUGUACCCUCUGAUCAUAUAUGGCGACCGGAUAUUGUGUUGUAUAAUAACGCCGAUGGCAACUUCGAAGUAACUUUAGCAACAAAAGCUACUCUCAACUAUACCGGAAGAGUUGAGUGGCGCCCACCAGCAAUAUACAAAAGCUCCUGCGAAAUUGAUGUAGAAUAUUUUCCAUUUGAUGAACAAACAUGCGUUAUGAAGUUUGGUAGUUGGACUUAUGAUGGUUUCCAGGUGGACUUGCGGCACAUCGAUGAAUUAAAUGGCACAAAUGUGGUUGAAGUUGGUGUAGAUUUAUCAGAAUUUUAUACAUCAGUUGAAUGGGAUAUAUUAGAAGUUCCUGCAGUGCGCAAUGAGAAGUUUUACACCUGCUGUGAUGAGCCAUAUUUAGAUAUUACAUUCAAUAUCACAAUGCGCCGCAAAACGCUUUUCUAUACCGUAAAUUUAAUUAUACCGUGCAUGGGCAUUAGUUUUUUAACAAUUUUGGUUUUUUACUUGCCAUCAGACAGUGGCGAAAAGGUCUCAUUAAGCAUAUCCAUUCUGCUGUCGUUGACUGUGUUCUUCUUGCUGCUUGCGGAAAUUAUUCCUCCAACAUCAUUAGUUGUGCCGCUUUUAGGGAAAUUUGUGCUAUUCACAAUGAUACUUGAUACGUUCAGUAUAUGCGUUACAGUGGUUGUACUGAACAUUCACUUCCGCUCACCGCAAACACACACAAUGGCACCUUGGGUACGUACUGUGUUCAUUAACCAGCUGCCACGUUUCUUAGUUAUGCGACGUCCGUUGUAUCCCAUAAGCGAAAUGAUCAAAUCGUCACGUCGUUUAAUGGUACGCACAUGCAACGGAUUUGAACUGAGGGAUCAAAUACCACCGCUGCCACCACCAGUGGCACUAUCUAAAAUGCAUCAUAGUCCAAAAACGACAUCACGCAGCACCUCACCGCACAUGCAGCACAGAGUACAAAGUCUUAACCUAAUGGACGAAACUAUUGGCAUAAGCGGUUGUGGUAUGAGCACUACUGGUGCUUCAACUAUAACAGGACAUUUCUCUACACUCUACCCCUCAACAAUAACAACCGUUAAUCAGCAGACAUCGACCACUUCGUCACUUGUAGACGCACAACAUCAUAGUCAAUAUCAACAAACGGGUGGUUCACUGCUCGAUCAUCCAUUAACGCCUACGAAAUUUCGUCGUAUGGCAUCAACAUCUUGCCAAACAAAUGGUGGAGGCAAUGGUGGACCUUCAACCUCGCAAUAUAGCGGUGGUGCACAUCAUGCACACCAUCAUUUAUCUGGUGCCAUGUCAUCAUCAACAACAACAUUACAUCAACAGCAUCAGCAGCAUACACAUCCACAUCAUCUAUAUCGCCAACAGUCAACAUCAUCUGCAAAUUUUUCACCAGUACCAUUGCAUCCACAUCAACAACACCAGUCAACAACAACCAGCGAUUUGCUAGGCAAUACCAACUCCAAUGUGAUAAAGUCAACAACGACUGUUAACUCUACAGCGACUGCCUCGACACUGGCCGACUCAUGCUGCAGUGGGACCAUACAAACGCAUCAAGGUAUGGGCACUGGUGCAGCAUGUCAGUCAACAGAAACACAACAGCCAAGCAGGGUGCUGCCCGCUUGUCAACGUGAAGGUGGCCCACACUGCUGUUCGGGCCAAGAGAGCAGCACUGUGCGGCAUCGUUGGCAUACGUGUCCAGAACUGCAUAAGGCUAUGGAUGGUGUAACGUACAUUGCCGAUCAGACACGCAAAGAGGAGGAGAGUACAAGGGUUAAAGAGGACUGGAAAUAUGUAGCAAUGGUUUUGGAUCGUUUAUUCUUAUGGAUAUUUACAAUAGCGGUUGUUUUUGGUACUGCCGGAAUAAUACUGCAGGCGCCAACACUGUACGACACUCGGGUACCAAUCGAUAUUAAAUUAUCUGAAAUUGCAUCGACAACAGCGAAACCGAACAUUGCCAGACCUGUGUUAUAAAUUUAUUAUGGUUUAAAUAAAAUUUAACAACAAAAACGAAAAAUAUUAAACAAAAACAAUUUACA